ACGUUAUUGUUAAGAUACAGCGGUUUUAGGCCAUAGUUUUUCUCCGCCUUUGUUUUGUUUUUUUUUUUUUCCUUUUUUUUAAAGACUGAGGUUCAGCUGCUCUGUACAGUGGGGAACAACACCAUCGCUCGAAGUCACAGCAGUGAGUUAGACCGGAGCUAUUCAAGCACGGAAGAGAGAUAUCACUGGAGCUGCUGAAGGAGGUUGUUAGAAAAAGAAAUCACUUUAUGAUUGAAUCCUAUCCUCAUAACAAGAGUUAAAUAUUAUUCUCAUCAAUUGUUGUAAAUAUAGAAAACUUAUUACAGUACUUUUAUAAUGUCAAUUUUGUCAAGAUUACGAUGUAUCACAGUGGAUGUAACUGGUACAUUGAUGGCUUACAAGGGAGAGUUAGGAGACUACUAUUGCAUGGCAGCCAAAUCUGUUGGGCUGCCUUGCCCUGACUAUAAACGGAUGCACGAGGGCUUCAAACUUGCAUAUAAAGACAUGGCUCAGAAGUAUCCAUGUUUUGGACAUGCUGCAAAAAUGCCCAACAUUGUGUGGUGGAAAACGUGUGUAAGAGACUCGUUUAUCAGGGCUGGUUAUGACUACGAUGAAGAGACAUUUGAAAAGGUGUUUAGACGUAUAUAUGCUUCGUUUGGUUCUUCCGCCCCUUACACCAUCUUUCCAGACUCCCAACCAUUUUUAAGAUGGGUCCGUGAACAGGGUCUUCAGGUUGGCAUUAUUAGCAAUGCAGAAUACCGGUAUCAAGAUGUGAUUCUCCCAGCAUUGGGUCUGAACCAGGGAUCUGAAUGGGACUUUGGUGUAUUUUCUGGUCUCGAAGGUGUUGAGAAACCGGAUCCAAGGAUCUAUGAAAUUGCCCUUGAGAGGGCUGGAAAUCUUCCUCCAGAACAGGUAUUGCAUAUUGGAGACAGUAUGCGCAAAGAUUAUGUGCCAGCAAAGAGUGUAGGAAUGCAUGCAUUAUUGUUGGAUCGAUUUAAGACAUCUGAUGCCGAAGAAUGGAGGAAAUCUGGUGCAAUUGUGCUCCAUGACUUGAUGGGAGCAAAAGAAUGGCUUCUUUCAAACAAGUCAACCAGUUGAAGAAAGCCUGGUUGGAUUUUCUCUCCCCUUGGAAGGAAAGAUUGGUCGCUGCCUAGCAGAGCUUGUUUUCUCCCAAAGUUGGGCUUCACUCUUAUAUGUCACAAUUUAGAGAAGUUGAUGAAUGAGAAAAUGAAACCUGCUAGAUUAUGAAAAUGACUCUAAUAAUUAAGAUUGGAAAUAUAAUACAGGAAAGGGGAAGAGUUGCACCA